GAACACCACCAUUUCCCUCCUGACCACGGAUGAUGCCAUGGUCUCCAUCGACCCCACCAUGCCUGCCAAUUCAGAACGAACUCCCUACAAAGUGAGACCCGUGGCCAUCAAGCAACUCUCUGAUUGGAGAGUUCCUGAUGAUGGAUCCUCAGUUUCCCUGACUAUUCUUCUUCAAACUGCUAUAAGCCCACCCAUGAUUUUUUAACUUCACAUAUAUUUUUAAAUUCAACAAUGUCAUAUUCUUGUUUGGAGACUUUCCUCUUAAGAUCCCCUGUCUGUUUACCACUUACUAGCAUCAUUUUCUUAGUUUUUGGAUGUAUUGCCUGCUCAGCCACUCAGUCCUGUCUGACACUUUGUGACCCCAUGGACUGUAGCCCACCAGAGUCCUCUGUCCAUGGAAUUUUUCAGGCAAGAAUAUUGGAGCUCAUUUCCAUUUUCUUCUCCUGGGGAUCUUCCCAACCCAGGGAUCAAACCCCUGCCUCCCAUGUUGGCAGGCAAAUUCUUUACCACUGAGCCCCCUAGUUGGCCAAAAAGUUCUUCUGGGUUUUCCCAUAAGAUGUUAUGGAAAAACUUCAGUGAACUUUUUGACUAACCCAAUACUUAUAAUUGCCACAUGAAAAGCAAUUAUAAGUACAUGCUCAUUUCAACCUCCGUGUCAUCUGGGGUUUUUCAUUUUUAAUUUACCUUGUGCAGCUGCUACGAUUAUGCAACUGAUGGAGGAGAAUCUUUGGUUCUGCUCAGUUUCUGAUAGAGUUUUGCAAGAGUCCUCCUGUCAGAUGAGGCCUCCAUCAUCCAUCACCUUCUUCGAUCAGAGUUGACCCUGAGAGAAUUCUUCCUGACACUCAUCUUCUGGGGUCAUUUCACACACCGUCAAAGCCCAGAUACAGUGGACCAGGAUGGACUCUCUUUGGCUUCACCGUAAUUCUACUUUCCCACAGAGUGUCCUAUCACCAAGACAUAUGAGGUUAUCACGUAAUGGACAAAGUCCCGCCAGCGUGUACCAUCAAUCAGCCACUAGUUCUCAGCUUCAGAUUCUUCUGAGGGUGUCCUUCUCCCUCAAAAGUCCACCCGCCUCAUCACACCAUGGCGGCGGAGGGCGGGGGUCUGUUCUCAGAGAGGAGGCCAGUAUGCAGAAUGUCUUUGCCCUCAUGGGUCAGCGAGACAAUGCCCAUCUUCUUUUUUUUUUAUACUGAUGCCUUUUAAUUUUUAUUAUUAAUUUUUUUAUUGGAGUAUAGUUGCUUUACAAUGUUGUGUUAGUUUCUGCUGUAUAUCAAAGUGAAUCAGUCACAUGUACACAUAUAUCCCCCUUUUUUGGAUUUCCUUCCUAUUUAGGUCACCGAAGAGCAUUGAGUAAAGUUCCUUGUGCUCUGCAGUGGGUUCUCGUUAGUUAUCUGUUUUCUACAUAGUAGUCUAUAUCUGUCAAUCUCGGUCUCCCAUUUCAUCCCACCCCACCUUCCCCCCUCGAUGCAUUGCAAAUAAGUUCAUCUGUACCAUUUUUAUAGAUUCCACACAUAUGCAUUAAUAUGCAAUAUUUGUUUUUCUCUUUUUGGAUUUUUUAAAAUGAAACAGAUGAACAUUUUUAAUGAUAAAAAGGUACAAUUCACAAAGAAGAUAGACAUCAUAAACCGUUAGACACCUAACAACAGAGAAACAAAGAAACAUAAAGCAAAAAUCAGAAGAAAUAUAAGGGAAAAGAAAAAGAUCUAUAAUCACAGGAGACACUGCCUGUCUUUGCAGCCCCCAUGGGAACAUGCCUGGGGUGCAGCAGGGGGUCUGGCUGAGUCACACCGUGGCUUUCUCGCUGCAUCAGCAGCCGCUUCAGGCUCUUAGGAGCCUUACACGAUCAGCAUGUACAAACCAUUCAGAACAGUGCCUGGAAUCUAGGAAGUGCUCCAUAAAGACUGCCGUGGUUGUUGCAAUCGUGAAACAAUAAAGUUGCAUUGCUGUCUGUCCCAGGAGCUACUCCCUCUGAGACAUUUUUCUCAAAACCGGAGUCUAAAGGGAGAGGAGAGCAGAGGGAGGAAUUGUGCCCAGACAUCUGAGGUCAGACUCAGCCAUGCAGAGCUCAAAUCCCAGCUCCAGAACAGAAGGGGACACAGUCCAGUUCCUGCCGCCGAGGGCUGGUGGGUCUGCAACGAGCCUGCAAGGGCUCAGCCAAGACAGCUACAGAGGAGACACUCUCCCCACAUCAGAUAUGGUUGCCAGGGCCCCAGGGUCCCCUUCACUUUCUUUGUCUCAUCAGAAUGGCUAACAGGAAGUGAAAGCAUCUAGUCAAAGCCACACUGAGCAUCUCCUGAAACAUCCCUUUGGCCGCCGAUAGCCGAGGGUGAUUUCUUGGCAGGACAGACCGUGGAAACGGUGCUUGUCCCUUUAAGGAGCGAGGCCAGGUCAUUGUUCAUCAUCCCACUUUAUUGUGCUCCUGGGCUGUAAAGGAAGCGUCCUCCUUCUGCUCUUUGUUUUAUGACCUCCAUAAACAGUGAAUUGCCAUGACUGUGCCCGGGGCUAGAAUGGCCUCGCUGGCUGGAGGGGCCAGGAGAGCAAAACUGGAGCAGAGAGAAAGAAGAACUGAUCCAGAACGUGCUGACCCAGGUGGCGGAGCAGUUCUCAAGAGCUUUUAAAAUCAACGAGCUGAAAGCUGAAGUUGCAAAUCACUUGGCAGUGCUGGAGAAGCGCGUCGAAUUGGAAGGACUAAAAGUGGUGGAGAUUGAGAAAUGCAAGAGUGACAUUAAAAAGAUGAGGGAGGAGCUGGCAGCCAGAAGCAACAGGACCAGCUGUCCCUGCAAGUAUAGUUUUUUGGAUAAUAACAAGAAGUUGACGCCUAGACGCGAUGUCCCCUCUUACCCCAAGUACCUACUGUCCCCUGAGACCAUAGACGCCCUGCGGAAGCCCACCUUCGAUGUCUGGCUCUGGGAGCCCAAUGAGAUGCUGAGCUGCCUGGAGCACAUGUACCAUGACCUGGGCCUGGUCAGGGACUUCAGCAUCAACCCCAUCACGCUCAAGAGGUGGCUGCUGUGCGUGCACGACAACUACCGGAACAACCCUUUCCACAACUUCCGGCACUGCUUCUGCGUCGCCCAGAUGAUGUACAGCAUGAUCUGGUUCUGCGGGCUGCAGGAAAAGUUUUCGCAAAUGGACAUCCUGGUCCUAAUGACUGCGGCCAUCUGCCAUGACUUGGAUCAUCCAGGCUACAACAACACGUACCAGAUCAACGCCCGCACAGAGCUGGCUGUCCGCUACAACGACAUCUCGCCCCUGGAGAACCACCACUGCGCCGUGGCCUUCCAGAUCCUCAACCAGCCCGAGUGCAACAUCUUCUCCAAUGUGUCACCGGAGGGCUUCAAGCAAAUCAGGCAGGGAAUGAUCACGUUAAUCUUGGCCACUGACAUGGCGAGGCAUGCGGAAAUCAUGGACUCUUUCAAAGAGAAAAUGGAGAAUUUUGACUACAGCAACAAGGAGCAUGUGACCCUUCUGAAGAUGAUACUGAUCAAAUGCUGUGACAUCUCCAACGAGGUCCGCCCCAUGGAGGUGGCAGAACCGUGGGUGGACUGUUUGUUGGAGGAAUAUUUCAUGCAGAGUGACCGCGAGAAGUCAGAGGGCCUCCCCGUGGCCCCAUUCAUGGACCGGGACAAAGUGACCAAAGCCACAGCCCAAAUCGGCUUCAUCAAGUUCGUCCUGAUCCCGAUGUUUGAGACGGUGACCAAGCUCUUCCCCGUGGUUGAGGAGCUCAUGCUGCAGCCGCUCUGGGAGUCCCGAGAUCGCUACGAGGAGCUGAAGCAGAUGGACGAUGCCGUUAGGGAGCAGAAGGCUGAGAGCCUGACGUCUGGGAGCGCCACGUCGAGAGAGAAAAGCAGAGACCUCGGGAAACAGAGUGAAGCUGUUCAACGACCAGAGAAUUCUGAUACAGAAAAAUUGCUCACUGUGUGUGAUGCCAUGACAUUUGUGAUGUUGCCAGAGCAUUUUUGAUCCCACCAACACAAACCAGCAUCUUUUCCCUUUUCCAAGCAGACUGU